UCAAUGAACCAAUGUAGAGGAGUAUUUAUCACUGUUUUUUGUAAUGCGGAGCUUUCAAACAAAAGAGAUUCUGGGAAAACUCCUUCAGGCAUGAAUUGUUCUGACUGGAACUAAAAAUUCAGGGAGGACAUUCUGAAAAGACCUGGACAGGACAGGACAUCAGGAGCAGGGUCAAAGGGGAAACGCCAUUUAGGCCGACGUCUCACCUACUGCAGCGAUGAUGAAUCACCAGGAGUGUGCAGAUGGCCAAGUGAAGACGGAUGAGACGGAUGGCAAGUGAUGAACGACAGAGAGCUGGUCUGAGACAUGCCUAUAGCGGACGGUUUGCUUUAUCGCAUUCAACAGUGUUUUCCCAAUCGGAGCGGAGUUAGAGCAGUGGAAGUAAAUGAAAAAUUGCAACAAGGAGGUAAAAAGGGAGACUGGAAACAGUUUGGAGCGUUUAUUUUAAUUUUUCUGGCGGUGGAUUUCUAAAACAGAAAACUCUGCAGCGCUUUGGACGAUGCGGACUGAGACAGUUCUGGAGCUUCAGAUGAGAAGAUUUAAACAUUAGAAGCUGUAAAAGACUUUUUCCCACCCCCGCUCCCCUUCUUUUCUUUCUAUUCCAGUGGAUUGCUUUUCCCCCCUCUUCCUUCCCUCCGUCAGGAUUUUUGCCACCACAGAUCAGUAGAGGGUGUCAGAUCUUUCUCGGAGCGGCACGCUGUGGGGAUGAGCGCAGCCUUCACGCUCGCCUUAUUGUGACAAAUAAAAAGGGGAGUGGGAAGGGAAAAACAAAAACAUAAGAAAUAGGGGGAGCGAAAAGCGGUUGACGAAGUGUAAGGAAUGUGAAAGAAGGGGAUGCGGGUGUUUCGGAUCAGCUGCGCAGGCUGUAAAUUCAGCACCAGAGGGGGGGAGGAGAGAGAGAGGAGAGUGGAGAAAGGGGGGGAAAGGACAGAUCCCGACGCCGCAGCGCGCCGCACGACUCCGGGAGAUUUCUUCAGCUUUCCAUCAGUGCGCCAAGGUCAGUGUGAAAGGAGGCGAGAUAAAUAAAUAAAUAGAUUACAUAUAUGAUGUGCUGGAGACUGCUGCUUUUGCAUACUGCUCGCUUUGAUCAGAGGAUUCACUCGACGUGAAGGGAGACGAUUUUUUAUUUAAUUAAUUUUUGAAUUAUUAUUCCAGAGUCAAACUGGACGUCUGGACGCAGACUGGAUGUGCUCCUCAUCUCUUUCCUAAAUGUCUCCGUUUCCACCCUCCCCCUCCUCCUCCUCCACCACCACCUCUCGCUGAUGCAGACUAGAUUCGCAGCUCCUACAUGUCUUGAAAGGCGGGAAUGAAUCGUUCGCGCUGAGAGGGAAAAAAAACGGAGGGGGAAAAAAUGCUGCUCUGGAUCAUCCUGCUGAAUGCGGCUCUCUGCGUUGCCAGCGGAAAUGUCACCAGGGAGGUUUGCAAGGAGAAGAUCUGCUCCUGCAGCGAGGUGGAGGGCGACCUACACGUCGACUGCGAGAAACGGCACUUCAACACGCUGCGGCACCUGACCGGCCCCAGCUCUCACUUCUACCACCUGCUGCUGCACGGCAACUCUCUGUCCAGGCUCUUCCCCAAUGAGUUUGCCAACUUCUACAAUGCCGUGAGCCUGCACCUGGAGAACAACGGCCUGCACGACAUUGUGCCCGGCGCCUUCCUGGGGCUGCAGUUGGUCAAGAGGCUCCACAUCAGCAACAACAAGAUGCGGUCGUUCAAGAAAAGCACCUUCCUGGGCUUGGACGACUUGGAAUACCUUCAGGCGGACUUUAAUUUGCUGAGGGACAUUGACCCGGCUGUUUUCAGGGACCUAAACAAACUGGAGGUGUUGAUACUGAAUGACAAUCUCAUCAGUGCUCUACCUAUAAACGUGUUCCAGCACGUGCCCAUCACACAUCUUGAUCUGAGGGGGAAUCGGAUCAAGACGUUGCCUUAUGAGGGGAUUCUCGAGCAAAUACCCGGUAUCGCAGAAGUGCUGCUAGAGGACAAUCCGUGGGACUGUAACUGUGAGCUACUGUCCCUGAAGGAGUGGCUGGAGAACAUACCACGCAACGCCCUCAUUGGGAGGGUUGUCUGUGAGGCCCCAACCAGGCUGCAGGGCAAUGACCUGAAUGAGACCUCGGAGGCAGAGCUUUGUCCAUCUCAGAGUGGGGGUGGAGAUAGCAGCCUGGCAGCCCCUCCCACUCAGGAGGAAACCUCUCGCCCCACGCCUUAUAAGCCCAGCAGGAAUGGUGGUGGAGGGCCCCCAACGCCUGGAGCAAAUGGCUCUAAGAGCCACUCCAAGUCCCGCGAGAACUGGCAGCUAAAAACAAAGCCCACUCCAGUGAUGGCUGGGGCAGAUGUGAAUGGGGACGGCGGGGGAGAGCAGCUGCGUAACGUGACGUGCCCACACCCAUGCAGCUGCAAGCUUGUGGGCUCCAGACAGGGGCUGGGAGUCAACUGCGAGGGCAAAAAGAUCGAGAGCCUGGCCGGCCUCAAGCCGAAGCCUCUGGCCGCCCACGAGCUGAACAUGAGAGACAACAACAUCCACGCUGUGAAGAGGAACCAGCUGCUUGGCUAUUCCAGCCUCAACCUGCUGGAUCUUGGCGGGAACAACAUCAAGGUUGUUGACAAUGGUACGUUCCAGAACCAGAGCGAGCUCCGGUGGCUGUACAUGGAUAAGAACUACCUGGAUACGCUGAUGGCAGAAAUGUUUGUGGGCCUCGUGAAUCUGGAGUAUCUCAGUUUGGAAUACAACGACAUCCAGCUGAUAGUGGCGGGCGCAUUCAGUCCCAUGCCGAACCUGAGGGUUCUGUUCCUGAACAACAACCUGCUGAAGGCUCUCCCUGUGGAUGCUUUCCUUGGGAUUUCUUUGUCCAAGAUCAGCCUCCAUAAUAAUUAUUUCCCCUACCUCCCCGUGACUGGUGUGUUGGACCAGCUCAACUCCAUCAUCCAGAUCGACCUGCAUGGGAACCCGUGGGAUUGCUCGUGCAACAUUGUGCCCUUCAAGCAGUGGACCGAGAGGCUCGGGGCCGACGUGAUUGUGAGCGAUCUCAAGUGCGAGUCGCCAGAGGAGUUCUGGAAACGGGACUUCCGCUAUGUGCGAAAUGACCUCAUGUGCCCCAAGGUGGGUGACGGAGACGCACCCGCUCCAGUGUCCAAGAAUGGAAGUUACGCCCAGGACUUCGGUGGCACGCGCUCAAACUCGUACUUGGAGCCCAACCGGAUGUCCAUUUCGGUGCUUGUGCCCGGGCUGCUGCUCGUGUUCGUUACAUCCGCCUUCACGGUGGUGGGGAUGCUCGUGUUCAUCCUGCGGAACCGGAAGCGGUCAAAGCGGCGGGACGGCAACUCAUCCGCGUCGGAGAUCAACUCCUUACAGACGGUGUGCGACUCAUCCUACUGGCACAGUGGGCCGUAUCACGCGGAUGGAGGCACCCACAGGGGUUUUGACUGCAGCACGCACCUCUCAGCUGUGGAUGAUGCGUAAAAAACAGAGUCUGGAUUACAAACAGUAGAUAAAAACUACAAAAAUUUGCUUAGGAUUGGGGACAGACACUUGUUUCUGAACAAAUAAGUCAGCCUGAAAGCUGCACAAGCCCCCACUCUGUAAUAUAUGUAUAUGCCAAGCCCCUCUGGCUUACACCCUCCACUCCUUCCUCCCACCUCCUCCUCUCUGCCGCAAUCGGACUACGGAUCUGGAGACAGAAAAAAACAGAGGGAGAGAGGGGGGAAAAGGGAGCCAGGGAGAGGGUGUGUGUAUGUAUGCGAAAAGAGAAAGGAACGACCUGGGGAAUGGUGCACGAACGCAUGAAUGUACAUGUAAAUACCCAGACUGAUGUAUCAUAAAAAUGCAUGAUGAUAUUUCCGCAUGGUUUCAACAAGACACACGGCAGGGGAGGAACCAUAACCACCAACCAGGAGGCAAACUCAACCCCCCCCCCUCAUGUUAUAUACCAACACAAUGGCUAUAUAUAUAGAUAUUAAGAAUUAUAUAUGACUAUUACAAAGUGCCAUUUCUCUAUUUUUUGUGAACCUGCAGUUAGGAUUUGUAUUUGUUGUUUUAAAACUUGUUCUGAGCUGAAAGGGACGAAAAGAAAAACAACACCUGGGGGAAGGAGUGAUCAAAGUGAAGCUGUCUGUGCAUGUUCAGUUUUAUUACUGCCAUGUCUGUUACUUAUCAGUUGAUCAUUAGUUCCUAUUUGAGAUUAUUCACACUGUAUGCUAAGUGGCAAAGCCAGUCCCAAGCAUAAACAAACUGAGCAGCUGCCAUGAGCCUCCAGACCAGCAGGGAGAACCGAAGACUGCUU